CUCCACAGCUGACUCGUCCGACGGCGAAUCGCGCGCCCCAAUGACAGGCCUCGUUUUCCAGGAACAAAAAUGGCGUCCUCAGUAUUCCCCAGGAUCCGCGCGCUCCCAUUGGACGUCGCGCGUAUCCUCGUACUCCGACGCCUGUCAGUGGCCGGCGGCGAGGAAGGGAGAAAAGUCGAACGGGCGCGAGAGAGAGAGAGAGAGAGAGAAGGCGAGCGAACGCAGCGGCGCGUCGCAGUCAGUUUUUGCAGGCGCGGCGCGAUAGGUUGUUCUCGCACGGUCCCUCUGGGUACCUGGGGAUCGCCCGCGCACGACAGCCCGACGGCCUACUACGAGGUAGGCUCCUUCGUCCCCGAGGAGUCCGUCCCGCACCCCGUUUCUCGCCGUAGACGCGCGCGCGCGGCCGCGUGCUCGCUCGCGCGUACGCGCACGCAUACGUGGACGGGAUGGCGUCCACGAAGAGGAAGCAGGACGAGAGGAACCUGAAGACGCUCCGCGAGCUGGUCUCGCAGCCGGGCAACAAGGAAUGCUUCGACUGCAACCAGCGCGGGCCGACUUACGUCAACAUGACCAUCGGCUCGUUCGUCUGCACCUCUUGCUCUGGUAUGCUGCGAGGGCUGACUCCGCCGCACCGGGUAAAGUCCAUUUCCAUGGCGACGUUCACCCAGGACGAGAUAGACUUCAUAAAGGAGCACGGCAACGAGUACUGCAGGCGGAUAUGGCUCGGCCUGAUGAACUCCAACUCCCCGCAGAACCUGGACACCAAGGACGAGCAGAAGAUGAAGGACCUGAUGAGCGCCAAGUACGAGCUUAAGAGAUACUACCUGGACCCGUCGAUCGCGAACCAGAACACGGUGGCGCAGCCGAGGCCGCAGUCCGCGAGCGCCGUCCCGAGGGUGCCGAACUCGGGGACGUCCACGACGCUGCCCGCGCCGGUCGGCCAGAAGCAGGGCGGCGCGGACGCGAUGAACAACGCCAACAGCUUCUCGACGGACUUCGUCGCCGACUUCAGCAAAGUUCCUGAUCCCUUCUGCCCGGCGGCGACGGCGCCGGCCGGUCAGUUCGGCCACCAGCAGCCGUUCGCGCCGCAGCCGUUCUUCGCGAACUUCGACAAUAAUCCGGUCUUCAAUAAUUCAACGAGUAUGGAAACGUCCGCAAUGUUUAAUCAGGUCGGUGGGAACGGCACGUUGAACAUGAAUGGGACGUACGCGCCACCCUCGGAAGAUCGUUACGCGGCACUUAAAGACUUAGACUCGCUGAUGAAGCAAACGCAAUUGAAGGAGGAGACAACUGGCACCUUGUCCGCGCCAACAUGGAACACAAACAAUUCGAAUGCACCAAACGCCACGUGGAGUAUAGGAGUAAAUAAUCAAACGCACGUCAUCUCGAACCCCUUCACGGGCGGUGACUUGUGGCGGCCGUCUGCGAACGUAGUCAACAAUAAUACUCAGCCCUUCGAUAGCUCUCUGUGCAAUCCCGCGAAUCCGUUUAAACCGACUCAGUUCCCUGUAAAUAAUGAUUCGCAAUGGAUAGGCAUCGGCGCACCUAGUAACGGAGAUGUACUCCAAUUAAGUCAACUCAUGACACCGCUAGCGAACAAAGUGUGGCAACCGACGGUAUCGGCAUAUCAUGCAAAUCCAUUCAUGGUGGGUACGGGAGUGAGCAACAUGACAAGGAAUUCGAACAACCCCUUCUUAUGAUUAUGUACGCGUAAGCUUUUAAUGGAGUUGCGAACAAAUAAUGCGAACUAAAAUAUGUUUAGAUUAGGCAAAUUGUUAUAUGGUGACCUUAUUGGCAGUUAGUGCCAUUAACUUUUAUUCCCAGGAGCACCAAUCUCAUAUCUAUAUGAAUAAAAAAAAAUAAUACUUUUAUUUAUGAAUAUAAUAUACACGUUAAUAAAGAUUAAUAUUUGUUACUAAUCGUGAAUGUUACUUGGCGAUACUUCCAAUUUCUCAAAUUCUCAAUUCGGCACAACUUCUCAAGUAAGACGAAUCUUUUUUUCUCUCUCUUCUUCAACAUUUCUUUCAACGAUGUACCUAGAAAAAAAUGAAUUCUGCAACGCAGCAAUGAUAAUGUUAAGUUUACCGUAGCAUAAACAGUUCGAAACGUAUAUGUACUUGUAUUAUAGCUGUUACCGAAAUGGACGAAGGAAAUACGUCGAGAGGAUUACAUUUUGUCUUAUGCACACUUAAAUACAGUUUAUUUACUUAAAAACUUCUAAUAUAAAUACAAAAUCACAAAUGAA